UUGAGAUUGAGAAAGAAAGGACACAAAGUCUUUUCACUUCUUCGUCUUUCGAUAUCGUCGCUAUUUGCUCAAUUUCUUCCAUAUCGAUACGAGCAUUGAGCUGGAGUGCAUGCACAGAUUUGAUCCGAAUCGGGGCGAGGUCGCAAAACCAUACUCCGGAAAGUGCACGGCAUUCGUUCCAGGGUUCCAUCAAUACGAAAGGUCCUUGUAGGACCAAUCUACCGUCGACACUAUGAGCAAGCCGGUACCAAAAGUCAACAGCUUGGACGAUGUCUACGUUGGAGCCUCGGCAGGGGACUCUGUGCCAGCUGAACUCCGCCAUCGCUUCGAGAACUUAGUCACCUCUUUUCAGAGCAAAUAUAGCGCCAAACCAGAUUUUGUCUCAAGGAGUCCAGGUCGCGUCAACAUCAUUGGCGAACACAUUGACUACUCGCUAUAUGAUUGUUUACCAACGGCCGUGACAGUUGAUGUACUGAUUGCGACACGCGUGGUGAAGGACGAGACCUCCGGAGCGACCAUCAAGAUCGCGAACAUCAAUUCGACAAAGUAUCCUUCUAAAACAUACACGAUACCAAAAUCUGGUACAGUUGAGAUUGAUAAAGCAAACCAUGCUUGGAGCAACUACUUCCUGGCCGGUCUGAAAGGCAGCUUGCCAUAUUUACGCGAGAAACUUGGCGAAUCAUUCCAACCCCAAAGCAUGGAGAUUCUGGUGGAUGGAAAUGUACCAAGUGGCGGUGGUCUCUCAAGCAGUGCUGCAUUUGUUUGUGCAUCUGCGCUGGCGGUUAUGGCUGCCAACAACUACGACAUUUGCAAGCAAGAUUUGUUGGACCUCUGCAUCGUGUCCGAACGAGCUGUGGGCGUGUUCUCUGGAGGCAUGGACCAAGCUGCAUCGAUCUUUUCCGAGAGGGGUUAUUUGCUGUACUGCCAUUUCUUCCCAAAGUUUUCUGCUGAACACGUCCCGGUGCCGGUUUCGGAUCCCGAGGUGACCUUCCUGAUCGCACAAUCUUUCGUCACAUCCGACAAGGCAGUCACAGCCCCCAUCCAUUACAACCUGAGGGUCGUCGAGGUGACUCUUGCCACCGUUGUACUGGCAAAAUUGCACGACAUUGCCUUAAAUCCAGAUGAUUCGUCCUUGGGUUUCUGUCUGCGCAACUUCCAAGAAGAGGUCAUGAAGAAAGAGGGUCGCAGGGACGCACCGAUGGCGGAUCAAAUAAAGUCAGUGAUUGACAUCAUCAACACGAAACUUGACAAGGACAGUUAUACCCUGGACGACAUUGCUCAGAUCCUGGGCAUAUCAGUCAGCCAGCUGGAGAAGCAGUACUUAUCCAAAUUCCCUAUUCGAGCCGACUCAUUCAAGCUAAGACAACGAGCAUUGCACGUCUUGGAGGAGGCUGAGCGUGUCCAUCAAUUUAAAGAAAUACUGUCAACCUCUGGCAAACUUGACCAGGAGAAGCUUUUGCAACUGGGUGAUCUCAUGAACAGGACACAGAUCUCUUGCAGGGACGUUUAUGAAUGCUCGUGUCCGGAGGUUGAUGACAUUUGCUCCAUUGCACGCAAGGCUGGAACGUAUGGUAGUCGCUUGACAGGGGCCGGAUGGGGCGGGUGCACUGUGCAUCUCGUCCCCCAGAAGAACGUCGCCGCCGUCACUGAAGCUCUGAAGAAGGAGUAUUAUUUCAAAAAGUUUCCUGAUAUCAGCGAGGAGAAACUUCGGGAGGCGCUUGUAAUUUCAAAACCGAGUCAGGGGUCAUCGUUGAUUGUCGGGUCUGCACUUGAAUUUUGAAUGAAGUUGCCGGUACUUGUUGUAGCGAUCUUUAUGGAGUCCAUGUAACUUCACUUAGUUAUAUGGGCCAUUAUACUGUACAGUACAGUUCUCUCGCUUUGACAACGGCAUUCAUCCGCACACGUGAUAUAAUACCAACUCGGUACAGUAGUUUCGAGUAAUGAUUACUUUCCACAGCAGCUGAUUACCUGGCUGACUACUUUUGGAUCCCGGAACGAUAUCUACCUACA